AUGGGGAGCGUAUCGCUGUGGGCUCGCGUGGGACUGCUCUACGCGCUGGCGGCGGCGGCGGCGGCCGUGGUCCUGGACGCCCCAAAGAGGUGGGACACCAGCGAGCUGCGGACCCCCCCUCCGGCCACCAGCGCCCACGGCGCAGGGGGAGGGGGAGGGGGGGGCGGAGGCGGAGGGGGGUCCUGUCCCCUGAGGCUUCGCCCCGUGGGCCAGUGCUCGGGGUCCGGGGGCGACGGGGACGAGGAGGGCUGCCCCUACCAGCUCACGCUGCCCCCGCUCACCAUCCAGCUGCCCAAGCAGUUCCGGAUGCUUGAGAGGACGGUGAAGGAGCUGCAGAGCCUGAAGGAGACGGUGGGCAAGCUGAAGAGCAGCUGCCAGGGGUGCAGGGGUGGCGCCGGAGGAGCGGCGUCCUCGUCAUCGGGGGCGAAGGGGGCCGUCGGAGAGAAGCAGCGGCAGCAGCAAGCCGAUCAGGGACGUCCCGGCGGAGCCGGCCGCGGGGACAGCGGGGAGGUCGCGGGGGACGGGACGGGACGGAGACCGGGCUGGGACCCCCAGGAGCGCCAGGCCGGGACCAGCAGGGAGGACGCGGGGGACGGCGGCGCGGACGGGACGGCGGGGGGCGGGGACGGUUCCACCGCAGGGAAAGACGCGGCGCAGGCCUCCGGGAACAUGAUUGAGAUGCAGGUCAAACUGAAACGGAUGACGGCCAGCCUGCGUAUCGCUCGCAGCCAGAUCUACGCCCUGCAAGGGCGAAUGGAGGGCCUGAACCUGCUCAACAUGGACAACGUCAAGGCCAUGAUGGACCACAGGGUGGAGAACAUCACCGGCAUGGUCAACAAGCUCAGCUCCACCUGCACAACCCAGUGUGCGGUGCAGGGCAGCCCGCAGUCAGUCAUCCUGGCGCCCAGGGACUGCUCGGAGUACAACGUCCUGGAAGAGAGGAAGAACGGCGUGUACCGCGUCACCCCAGAGGCGAGGAACGGCACCUUCGAGGUUUUCUGCGACAUGGAGUCGUACGGCAGCGGUUGGACCGUCAUCCAGCAGAGGCUCAACGGCUCCGUCAGCUUCAACCGCACCUGGCUCGAGUACAAGAAGGGCUUCGGAAACCUCCGUGGAGAGUUCUGGCUGGGCAACGACCACAUCCACCUGCUGACCAAGGCCAAAGACAUGAUCCUGCGCAUCGAGCUGGAGGACUUUGAGGGGGUGCGGGAGUAUGCCAAGUUUGACCAGUUCUACGUGGCCAACGAGUUCCUGCGCUACCGCCUCUCGAUUAGCGGAUACAGCGGCACGGCAGGGAACGCCCUCAUGUUUAACAAGCAGUUCAAUCACGACCAAAAGUUCUUCACCACGCCCGACCGCGACAACGACAUGUACCCCUCCGGCAACUGCGGCGCCUACUACAGCUCGGGCUGGUGGUUCGACGCCUGCAUGUCGGCCAACCUCAACGGCAAGUACUACCACAAGCACUACAAGGGCGUGCGCAACGGCAUCUUCUGGGGCACCUGGCACAACAUGUCCACGGAGUACUACCCCACCAAUUACAGGCAGGCCUUCAAGACGGUGAAGAUGAUGAUCCGGCCCAAGAACUACGCCCCCUAGAGCCCCGGAGGCGGAUGUGCGGAUGAAGAGACACUGGGGGGGGUAGGGGGGGGGAAGGCUGUGGGGAAAGGCAGACCCCCAAACCUGGACGGACGGAUGAGACGACUUAUCACGGGCGGACACAAAUAAUGAAUUAAAGUAGGCACUGAUGGACCAAUAGACAUUCUGCGAAUUAUGUAUAUAUAUACAGUCCACGCAUCUAUACAUGCAUAUGUGUAAUACACAGAUUAAAAACAAGUGACCCACAAUGGAGCAGUCUGGAGCCAGAAUGGAAGCAUAUGUGAAAACGUAAUUGAGCAAAACAAUUAAUACAACGAAUGUAACCAAGUCCAUGAACGACAAAGGAUCAAUAGACAAAUAAAUGCACAGCGUAAAAGCUUAUAAUUUCAAAGACACCGAUAGUCAGAAGGAAGGUCAUGGUGAGAUAGUGAUUUGUAGGCUUACAAUCUGUGCGUUUGUUUCACUAUUUCGAUGACAUUUGCUUUGCUCUCUCGUUCCCAUGGCUCGAUGCUUUAAGCCUGGUCUAAGGGCUUUGGAUAAGAAUCAGAUAUGAAUACCAAAAUGGUAAAAGCUAUUUCAAGAUUCUCCGCCUGUGAUGAAUUUGCUAAAGCUGUCCUUUUGGGAGAAUAUAUAAUAUUGUUUACUUCGGCCCGCAUUUAUAUUUGAUGUCAAAUAGGCAGUCGAUGUUUGGUAUUGAUGGAGAUGGCUCUUGUGGUUGCAAAGUGUUGACUUAGUGUCUUGUUUUAAGGUUAAGCCUUCUUUUUUUGCAGCUCAUAAAAGUUAUAACAGGCUCAAGAAAGCAGGAAUGACGGAAGGUUUGGUCGAUUGAUAAAACGUUGUGAUAUAUCUCACGAAGCACUCUGUGAAGUGUUGAGAUCCAUUGAGCUGGGCUAUUAUCCCCACCGUUCAGAGAGGUGCUCAAGAAUGUCCAGACAACCAUUUAAAAUCCUUCAAAAAUGUCAAAGACAAACCAUAACUUACAUUUAUUCCAUGCUCUGGACAUGUCCCAAAAAAUAGCUAUUCUUACUUAAAAAUACGCUGAAUCAUCGCACCAUGUUUGAGAUUUCAUUUUUUUGGUAUCACUCACUCUUUUUGAAUACUAUGAAACAAUGAUAGCAUCUAUCCUGAACAUUUGGGUAUUAUCGCAGAGCUGGUCGUAAGGCACAGCAGAUUGUGUUGCACUGAAGCGAGGAAACUUUUCAUCUGUGCUCCGUCAAACUGGCACAGAAAAUAAUUAGGGAGUGUUUUCUCUACAGUGAACUUGAAUCUUCAUGAUAUGUCUUUUUUCUAUCGUAAAUAUAUUUAAAUUGCCAGCAGUGGCAUUAAAUACAAACUUUAGUGACUCAAACAUCUAGCACGAUUGGCUACGUCAUUAAAAUAGACAUUGAAUGUUAACUUUAAUAAGGCAUGUCUUUAGUAUGAGUCCACAUUACAGAGGAAACCACUUUGUAAUUUCGUCAGAGAUCUGGUAACCUACUUUCACCAUUUUACAAGAAAAUAGCUGUUGGUUAUAUGCCAAUCCUUUGGAUUAAUUGGUUUUGAUUAUGCAGAUUUAUUUUACAAGAGCCAUGAAAAUUUGAAUGCGCUCCUUUCUACUAAAAACUUAGCUCAAUGUCAGGGUUUUUUGUUACGAAAAUGAGGCAACACAUAUAAUACUAACACUAUACUGCCACCUUGUGUUCACGUAUGAUAAAGCAUUACUUAAUAGGCCAGAGAAUAAAUAGGGUUUAUCUAUUCUACAUGUGUACAGUAUUUAUUUUACUUUGGGUGCGUAUAGCUUUUCUAUUUUUAGGGUCAAACAAGGAGAAGUGGACUGUUGAUGUACGACAAUGUGACCCACAAUAUGUUUUUGGAUCCUUCAUGAAUAUUAAUGCCUGCAAAUUAAGAGCUUUAUGUUUGUACAUUGUCAAGCUUUUUUAUCACUCAUCUUGCCAAAAUCUAUCAUGCCAAAAAAACAACAUGCUGUUACCUUUUAUAUCAAAACGACAAUAAAGUUUCAACCACGUGUUUGU